AACAAUUCUGAAAACUACAUUUAGAAUUCAGGUUUUAGUUUAGUAAAGUUAAGUGGGGCGGACACUAUCAUAGUUGUAAUAAUUAUUAAAUAAUCUCGUUAUGAUAUCAGAUAUAUUGGUAUUACACUACUAACAAUCUGGACUUAAUAAAAAUACGUUGCUUUAUUGUAUUGUAAAAUUAGAGCAAUUAUUAAAAUAGUGUUGUGUUUGGUGCCCAUCAAAUCCAUUUAAAAAGAGAGCUAGAUAGCGAGGGUUUGAAGAUGGGUCUUCCACACAUCACAUCAUUCUGUUGGUGCCUUGGACUCGAGUCCGGCACAAAGGUCAUCGGCUACGUACACUUGAUCGCGUCGUUCUCUCUGAUGAUUCUCUGCUCGCUGUACGCGGAGAGCCUGCGAGGUCUCAUCGGCACGAUCGAUGACGCCGGUGACCACAUCUACACCAUAUGGUACAAGAUAUCCGUGGGGGUGGCGGUGUUCACGGUCGUCCAUGUGCUGCUAGCGGCUACCCUGCUGUUUGCUGUCUUUACGAGGCACACAGCCGCUCUGCGGGGAUGGGUGUGGGUGAUGAUGGUGCUGUACGUUUUCUCCCUGGUCUACGUCGUCGUUUCCAUGACCUUCGGGUUUUCAGCCAGCGGCUCCCACAUAUUCCUAUCUUUCCUCGAAGGAGUCGUAUUCUUUGGUAUCCUAGCCUACUGCAUCCUGUGCGUGAACAGUUACUACCUGAUGCUGAGGAGCGCCGAGGAUAUGGAGGGGCCGCAGAAAUCGGAGUCUUACCACAAUCGCGAUUAAUCGGACUCAACCGACAUGCUAUCUGAUUUCAUAAUUAUCCUCCGACAUAAAGUACUCGUUGCAGUGUGCAUACCGCUCGUGUUUAAAGGAUUUUUUUUUAUAACAGGUCGUAAAGUCGAUCCGUUUACUGUAACAACUUAGUUCUGCUGAUAAGAAUCGUAAAGAGACAAAUCUUGCGGGAGAUAAUGUAAAAAUAUUAUGAAAUAGUUUACAUACCAUAAAAAUAGUAUUAUUAAACAAAUAGAGAAAGUACCAAUUUGAGACGUUCAAGGCCAAAUAAGAUGCUACCCACAGCGGUAAUAGACUAAACUGGAGUUGCCAGGUGAAAAAAAAAAACAUAAAACUUUGGUACACUUAACACUAGUUAAGUAAUCGGUAAGACUUAUAUACCCGUUAUAAACAGGCAGCUCCGGCGGCCGGAGGGCGAGAGAGGUCGCUGCUGGCCUGUAGAGAAGGAGAGGGGGGAUGGUCUGUACCUCACUUGACUCACGCACAAAGCAGAUUAUAUUUUAUAAUAAUGUUAUUAAUUAAUAUACUGAUAUACUUACUCGUAGUCGAUGUUCGCCUUGAACUUAUUAAUGUCGUAAGGUCUUAUUAAUACGGUCCAAACAGACCCUAUAUGCCAUUUUAAAAUAGUGCUAGUAUUUCAGCAGCUACUCGUGUUAUUAGACUAUAUGUUUGUAUAUGCAAUUGUUAUAAUGUACUAUACGUACGAAGGCAUUUCAAAUGAUUGAUGUCCGUUGGUUCUACUCAGUGCAGUAGACGAUUUAUUUAACGUGUAUUCGUCCGUACUACCUUUACUUUGUUCCGUUGUAUAUUUAAGGUCCCGGAGUGAUGAUAUAUAAAAAUAUGUCAGUGCACGCCUCGAACACAGAGCGGGGCGUGUCGCUCUUAUUGCAUUUUAAUU